AUGCUUGAAGCAAUUGAGAGUUCCGUAAAUGGCGGCUUUUCACAUUUACAGAGCUGUGCAGAUGGUAGUGAAGAAGAUCUCUCUGUUCUACCUCGUCACACCAAGGUGGUUGUCACCGGGAACAACAGAACGAAGUCUGUACUUGUUGGCCUCCGAGGCGUUGUCAAGAAGGCUGUUGGGCUUGGAGGGUGGCAUUGGCUGGUUCUUACAAAUGGCAUAGAAGUAAAGCUACAAAGGAAUGCCCUAAGUGUGCUUGAAGCUCCUACUGGUAAUGAGGAAGAUGAUGACCUUGAAUUGGAGAAUAUGCGGUGGAAUGGUUCAGACCUGGCAUCCGAUAAUACUCAAAAGUCCCACAGAUCCAAGCAUCGGAUGCAGAAAUCUGGGUCAUUGCAGAAGACUAUGAGCAGGUCUUUCUCUUGUGAGUCGCAUUCUAAGGGGUCAUUUUCUAUCCCUCAGGGAUCCACGAAGAUUGACCUUGGCAAAUUAGAAAUCACCACAUUAUGGAGAUAUUGGCGAUACUUUAACCUUGCGGAUGCCAUCCCCAACCCAUCUAAAGAGCAAUUAAUUGAUGUUGUUCAGAGGCAUUUUAUGUCGCAGCAAUUGGACGAGCUGCAGGUCAUUGUUGGGUUUGUGCAGGCCGCGAAGAGACUGAAAGCACAGUGCAAAUGACCUCGAUAGAAGUGGAGUAAUAGAGAUCUUUGCAUUUGGUAGUUGAUGCUAACAAAUACUGACACCUAAAUGCUCACUUCAUUCUGUAGUUAUAUCUGUACCAUAUGUAUCCAUUGCUGUAGUGAUGCCUUUUGUUUAGAAGGUUGGUGUCCUUGAGUUGUAGAGGUUCUCACUUGUUGGUAAUUUUAGUUAUGUACACCUAUGUAAUCUAGUAAACAGAACUCUAAGAAGCCUCCUGGGCUUUUUGAGCUUGGUUAACCUUCAAUGUAUGGCUCCAGGGAAGUGGGUUUUUCCUAAAUGUCUAGUGUUAUG